CUUGGGCUGGGUUUCUGUAGAGCACUUUAUGACAACAGUGACAUCAGCAUCCAUAAUGAUAUGUGUCUGUGUCCCCUCUUUAUGGUUACCAGGACAAUGCUAGCCCUUCCUCCCCCCCGGAGUCCCCGUGUCGUGCCUCUCCCGGUAGCACCUUACUACUGGGUAUGAAGAGGUUGUCUGUGCUGCUGGUGGACUGCAGGAAAACAACGGGGCUGAGUGGAACUGUGAGCGGAGGAGAACAGAUGAAAGGAUCAGAUUUGACACAUCAAAGAGAAAGACCAGACUCAGUGGAACCAGAGCCAGGGACGUCCAAACCCGCAAGACGACACCAGUGCUCCCACUGUGAAAAGGGUUGUAACCGGUUAUGGGACCUGAAACAACAUGAGAGAAUACACACAGGGGAGAAGCCAUACCACUGCUCCCAGUGUGGAGAGUGUUUCUACUGGUCAAGGGAUCUGAAAAAACAUGAGAGAAUUCACACAGGGGAGAAGCCUUAUCACUGCUCCCAGUGUGGAAAGUGUUUCUACUGGUCAGGGGAUCUGAAAAAACAUGAGAGAAUUCACACAGGGGAGAAGCCUUACCACUGCCCCCAGUGUGGAAAGAUGUUUAAAUGGAAGGGGAACCUGAAAUCCCAUGAGAGAAUUCACUCAGGGGAGAAGCCUUAUCAUUGCUCACAAUGUGGAAAGAUGUUUUACCAAAAAGGACACCUGAAAGCUCAUGAGACAUUUCACACAGGGGAGAAGCCUUACCACUGCCCCCAGUGUGGAAAGGGUUUUAACGAUUUGGGGAAGCUGAAACGGCACGCGAGAAUUCACACAGGGGAGAAGCCUUACCACUGCUCCCAGUGUGGCAAGUGUUUUAACCAGUUAGGGAGCCUGAAACGACAUGAGAAAAUACACUGAGGGGAGAUGUAUUACCACUCCUACCAGGGUGCAAAGCUUUUGCCCAUUUAGGAAGCCUGAAAGAACAUGACACAGAGGAGAAGACUUACAAAAGCUCAGACUUUGGGAAAACAUAUUACUCAUAACAAUCACUUAAACGUCAUUAGAGAAUCCACACAGGAGAGAGAAAUUACUUCUCUUAGCAUGUAUAUUGAUAUUUCACAUCUCAUUGACUCACAACUCAUCAGAGAACAUACACAGUGCUCCCGUUGUCUUAUAUUGUUGCCUUAUAAUGUGUUUACCUGUUUUUACCAGAUGAAAUUGCUUCUUCCAAUUAUUGAUAAACAUGUACCUAUUAAGAAACUGACUGUUAGAACUGUUCCAUGGAUUGAUGAGGAAUUUAAAAACUGUAUGUUUGAAAGAGUUUGGGCAAAAUGAGUGGCUAAUAAGUCUGGCUGCACAUCUGGCUGGCUUACAUACUGCUAAUUGAGAAAUGAUGUGACCAAACUAAAAUAAUA